AUGGACCCCGUGGGGACAACAGCCUGCCAGCCGCUCACUCCAGGCGGCCUUCCUGGCUGGAUUCUUCUCCCCCCUCGCUUUCAAGGCCUGGUGGCGGAACAGAAAAUCCCUCUGGCAGGCUCUUCGUGGGAGGGUGACCAAGCCAGCCGGGCCAGCGGCUGGCAGCCCGGGCGACAUGGUGGCCCCGGCGGCCCCCAGAACCCCGGCUCCUCCUCGGAGACCCCCUCAGCGCAGGGGGAGCAAGGGAGGGAGGCUGGUGAGCAAGACCUCAAGGACCAGCUGAGGACUGAACACCUGGGGGCCCUGCAGGGGCCAGGUCACCAAAGGAGGGGCUUCCUGGCCCGGGCUCCACCUGGAAGUGACUCGAGGGGACGAGGGCCAGCUGCGGUCACCGUGGGCAGGCGGUACUCCCACCCCCACCCCCGCGAUAAACACUUGCGCCUGGGUUGGCCUGACGCCUGCUCCCCUGCGCAUCCUGCAGCGACCCCGGGCCCUUUGACUCACCUGAGCCUGCGAGACAGCUCGGAGGCGCGGCUGCAGAGAGGGGCAGACGGGCAGGGCCUGGCGGGCAGCUGGAGCAGGUCACCCCCCGAGCAGGCCACCAUGCUGCAGGAAGGCGUGCGCAGGUGCCUACAGCGUCAGUGCGAGCAGACGGUGCGGAUCCUGCACGCCAAGGUGGCGCAGAAGUCCUACGGAAAUGAGAAGCGGUUCUUCUGCCCCCCGCCCUGCGUCUACCUCGCCGGCCCCGGCUGGAGGGUGAAGCCCGGCCCUGGCCAAGCCCACCAGGCCACGGAGCCCGGGACCACGGUCUGCGGCUACAUGGGGCUGGACGGCGCGGCCGAGACGCAGAGGAUGAGCUUCGAGGAGCAGCCGGACUCCAGGGAGUUCGGCUGCGCCAAGACCCUGUACAUCUCGGACGCGGACAAGAGGAAGCACUUCCGGCUGGUGCUGCGGCUGGUGCUGCCAGGGGGCCGGGAGCUGGGCACCUUCCACAGCCGCCUCAUCAAGGUCAUCUCCAAGCCCUCGCAGAAGAAGCAGUCGCUGAAAAAUACGGACCUGUGCAUCUCCUCGGGCUCCAGGGUCUCCCUCUUCAACCGCCUGCGCUCCCAGACGGUGUCCACGCGCUACCUCUCCGUGGAGAACGGGGCCUUUGUGGCCAGUGCGAGACAGUGGGCUGCCUUCACGCUGCACCUGGCUGAUGAGCACUGCUCCCAAGGAGACUUCCCUCCCCGAGAGGGCUACGUGCGCUACGGCUCCCUGGUGCAGCUCGUCUGCACGUUCACGGGCAUCACGCUGCCGCCCAUGAUCAUUCGCAAAGUAGCCAAGCAGUGUGCACUCCUGGACGUGGAUGAGCCCAUCUCGCAGCUGCACAAGUGUGCCUUCCAGUUUCCCGGGGGUCCCCCAGGCGGGGGCGGCACCUACCUGUGCCUGGCCACAGAGAAAGUGGUGCAGUUCCAGGCCUCCGCCUGCCCCAAGGAGGCCAACAAGACGCUGCUGAACGACAGCUCGUGCUGGACCAUCAUCGGCACCGAGUCGGUGCAGUUCUCUUUCAACAGCAGCCUGGCGUGCACGCGGGAGCCCGUCACCCCCGUGCCCCUCGUCAGCACCCUGGAGCUCAGCGGCGGGGGCGACGUGGCCACGCUGGAGCUCCACGGAGAGAACUUCCACGCGGGGCUCAAGGUGUGGUUCGGGGACGUGGAGGCGGAGACCAUGUACAGGAGCCCGCGGUCCCUGGUGUGCGUAGUGCCGGACGUGGCGGCCUUCGGCAGCGACUGGCGCUGGCUGCGCACGCCCAUCACGGUGCCCGUGAGCCUGGUGCGCACCGACGGGCUCUUCUACCCCAGCGCCUUCUCCUUCACCUACACCCCGGAAUACAGCGGGAGGCCCGAUUCGCCCCGCGCCCCCGAGCCCGCCGCCGACGCCGACGCGCUGCUGGAGAGCAUCCACCACGAGUUCACGCGCACCAACUUCCACCUCUUCAUCCAGACCUAG